AUGGACGAACCGGGUUGUGCUUGGCCUUUCUGGAAGUUUGGGAUGAAGAGAGACGAUCUCUCCACCAAACUGCAAGACCAAUACAACACCAUUCCUUCUAGCAUCCAGGACCCCGACGCCUUUCACAAUGACGUCUGCGAGAUCUCCCACGUCGCCGACACCGCCGACGAGUUCCACCGUCUCAUGGCCGACCGCAAGGAACAGCGCUUGAAAGAGCUCAACGCGUCUCUUGAUCUUGCUGCUGUCGAGAUCAUUGCGAACCCCAAGCUCGUCGGUACGGCGCAGUGGUCGUACGCCCUGCAGCUCUUCCGAACACGCUCUCUCGACUCCCUGGUGCGACUUUUCUCAAGCUACCUCCCCGACGACUAUUCAUGCGCGCAAGGCUACUAUGCAUCCUCCACCGGCACUUCUUUUAGUGAUCGAUGCAGUUCUCGCACGGCGAGCACCAAUCUCAGCAGUCUCGACGACGGUCCCUGUUUCUUUCACGAUGAUGAUGACGACAAGCCCAUUAUGACGCAUGAACCCUUUCACAUUUCGACUUCUAUCUCUUCCUCCGCCAUUACCACGGACCUCCCCCCUUCCCCGCGCUCCAUGACAAUGCAGUCCGACACCUCUGCAUCGUCCCCGAUCGACCAUGAUCACGAUCACAGCUACCACCUCCACAACCUCACGCCCGCGCGAACGCUAUCCUUCUCUGGAUCCGAGUCCGGCCGAUUUGAAGGGAGACGGCUCCAUUGUCUUGACAAUGAAGACGAUGAGGAAGAAGACAUCUCACAGUCUGAAGAUCCCGAUUCCCUGACGACGUCGGUCUCUGAUUUAGAGGAGCACCGUUUGACGCGUGAAUCUACCGUGGAGGAGGAGCAACCUAGUGAAUACAUCGACAGCGCCAUUGAGGAAGACGACUGCGAAGAAGAGUUCCCGACAACCCAGCUUCCCUUCGACCUCUAUGACGACUUGAUGGAGUCUUCAGAAACACCAACACCCAAACCAGAAACAACAAUGACAACGACGGCGUCUUACCUUGACAGCAAAUCUCCUUUCCGUUCGAUACCCCAAUCUUUCCGCGCGUCCUCACCAAAGAUACCCCAUCUCCACCGCCGUCGUGACGCCAGCCCCGCCAAGGGCAUUAGCAGUAGUAGUAUCAGUAGGAGGACUCCCGAAGAAUCAGCGUGCCGUAUUCAGAAGCCGCAGCCCGACGCCGCACGCGUGCGGGCCUUGGCGGCAAGGGAUCGUAGAAGAGGCUUGGACUAG